AUGCAAGAUACGUCCAUUUUUGAAAAGAACCAAAAUAGCGGGCGCGUGGAUCACAUGCAUAGAUGGGCUAAUUAUACGACGGCAGGAUGUGACGCUGGGCAGCAGUUUGACGACGAACGUCGUUCGAGCUGCUCGCUUCUAAUUUGCUGUGACCUAACAUUCUCUACAGUUAGCCGACGAAGAGGGUGGGGGAAAUCGCUUUUCGUCGUGACGCAAAAAAUGGAUUGUUGUGAAAGUUUAUCUUGUUGGCCUAUCUUUUUACAGAACAUCGAUCUUGUAACAAGGGUCUGGGGUGUGUUCACUUCAAUAGUCCUGCUCGGCGUCGGCGCGGAUCUUUCCUUCCUUCACCAACUGGCAGGCGGAUUCGCCAUAGCAGCUGCUUUGAUCACCUUCUUCCUCGAGACGACGUGGGCUGUGACUGUUCUCCUUCAAGUGUGCCUCAGGUACGAACAUCAUGUCAUUUACAACUGCUGGGACGCCGUCUUAUGGUUAGAUUAUUGGAAGCGAACUGUCAUCUACACAAUUUUGGCUAUCUUGCUCUUUGCACAACCCCACCGAGCUUGGUUUACCACUGUGGGAGGCCUAAUGCUAAUCGCAUUAGGACUCUUGCACGCUGUCAGAUGGUAUAACAACCUUAAAUCCCACCCAAUGUCACUGCUCGAGCAACAGGAAAAUGGCAGUUUGGAUGACGACGUCGAGAUCGAUCUCUCUCUGCCCGAGCCCGUCCAACAGUUGGGCAAUUAUUCAAGCUCAGCUGCAACAGAGCAGCCACCUCAGACUCACAAGCUCGCUGAUACUAUGGAGAACGAACUUUUACGGGUCGUCGCUUGAAAACCAAGUUACAACACAAGAAAAGAUGGCGUUCAUGAAAAGUGGUCAACAGAAAGGCAAAAAAGAAAAAUUUCUACAGGUCUCAUCACUAGCACCUUGAACACCACAUUCUGUGCUAGUGAAUAAUAAUUGAAUGCAAAAUUUUAAUGGAGUUCCAAUUUUGUAACUGCAGUUUCGUAAUUUACUUAAAUGGUUUACGACACGACUAAUGACGAAUAAUGGGAGGACUGUUCGAAGGUCAUCGUUUGGCGGCAAAAAAGGUUUACGUACUGGUAGUUGUUCAUGGCAAUAGAAAAACAGUUAUCACCUUUUAAAAAAAAGUAAUUCCUAAUUUGAUAUACAAGAAACGAACUGAACGCAUUUAGUUUAGUAUUUUAGCACAAAGAUGCAAAAGUAUUCAAAAAUGAAGCCUCAUCAAAUGUUUUGGCUGCGAAUAGGACUGGACCAUGAAACAGUGGUUCAAGACCUUUUAUCACCAACGUGCAUGACACAUGUCAAGCAUUGAUGUUCCAAAAGUAUUUUUAAAUAAGCUUAGAAACUAGAUUCAAUAUGGUAACACAUCAAGUGUAACAUGAAAAACACACCUACUGUAGAGCUGAGACAGCCACAUGGUAGAACAAAAAAGUCAAAUUGCCUGAACAAAAUUAUCUGUGAAAUGGUGCUAACAAAGAACAUGUCUUACAUUCACAAGAAUGUGUACCCAAAGAAAAGCCUAUCUUGCAUGCUAAAUGACCCAAUGUAAAACGGAAAUCUCGAGCCACGUUUUAGUUUGACGUAGGUUGGCGCCUGAGAACGACAAAAUCAUGCGAACAAGACUAUCUUAACCGAGAAUUGUAAAUAUUUCGUUAGUAAUACACUUACAUUAUGAAGUUC